AUGGGUCUUACAGGAACCAUUGCUCCACACGUGGGUAACCUAUCGUUCCUCUCUCAUUUAUCCUCUGAAAACAACAAUUUUCAUGGCUCUCUGCCCAACGAGUUGGCUUCUUUGCGUCGAUUGGAAGUUGUCAGCUUUGGAUCGAACUCCUUUUCUGGAGUGUUACCAUCAUGGUUAUGGUUCUUCCCUAAACUUCGAGAGUUGUAUGCUUGUAGCAACCGGUUUAAUGGUACCAUCGCACAAGACGGUGAUCACCACAACAAUGAUGAAGGUGAUGACGUCAAUAACCCAAUCCUCACUAGGGCUGAGUUUCUUGAUUUUCAUGAUGAAAAUCAACAGUUUCAUGAAUCAACCCAACAGACUCUGGAUCAGAUUCAAGAAGUGCUUGCCACCCUGCUUAACCAAAACCCUAAUCGUGAUGACAAAGAGCGACGUGAUAACCGAGUGCGUGGCUCUCCCCAUCGCAGUCCAAAUCGGAACAGGCAACAAGACUACAACGAAGAGAACAGUGAGGACGAGGAAUAUGUAGAGAGAGUCCUUGGGAAUCAUCGUGGUCCUGCAAGGGAUAAUGGUCGAGAUUAUCAGGAGCAGAGAGACUAUCGGAUGAAAGUAGAGUUACCAUCCUUUAAUGGUAAUGUCUCCAUUGAAGAGUAUCUGGAUUGGGUUAGUGAGGUGGAGAAUUUUUUCAAUUAUAUAGGUACUGCAGAUGACAAAUAG